UGCCCGGCCAGACCAUCCCGCGGGAGAAGGCGCCACCGCCAGAGGACCCGUUCUCGCGCGUGGCGCGCCUCUUCAAGGCAGACAUGCGCUUCCUGUGGGAGGGACACGAAAGCCGCACCCACUACCCGUCCCACUGCGACGUCUGCAUCAUCGGCGGCGGCAUCAUGGGCUCGGCCAUCGCCUUCUGGCUGAAGCUGCGCGCCGGCCCGGCGGUACAGGUGGUGGUCGUGGAGCGCGACUCGACGUACCGGACGGCGUCCACGCCGCUCUCGGUCGGCGGGCUGCGCCAGCAGUUCUCACUGCCCGAGAACAUCCAGAUGUCCAUGUUCUCGGCGCAGUUCCUGCGGAACGUGAACCGCUUCCUGGCGGUGGAGGGCGAGGAGCCGCCGGACGUGCAGUUCCACCCGCAGGGGUACCUGAUGUGCGCCGCGCCCGACCGGGCCGCCCGGCUGGAGGAGAACUACCGCACCCAGAUUGAGAACGGCGCCAAGGUGGAGCUGAUGACGCCGGCCCGGAUGAAGGAGCGCUUCCCCUGGGUCAACACGGACGGUGUGGCGCUCGCGUGCCACGGCCAGGAGAACGAGGGAUGGUUUGACCCGCACUUGCUUCUGCGGGCGUUCCGACGCAAGGCCACACACAUGGGGGUCGAGUAUGUGGAGGGCGAGGCGGCCGGCUUCGAGUCCAGAUACGUGGCGAACAUGCAGGUCGCGGGCAGGCAGUCGGUGGCGGGGGGCAACUACGUCCUGGACCGGGUGGUGGUGCGGCAGGCCGACGGUGAGGUGAAGACGGUGAAGGCGGCCGUGUUCGUGACGGCGGCCGGCGCCAACACGGCCGAGGUGGCCCGCCUGGCCGGCAUCGGCGAGGGCGAGGGCCUUCUGGCCAUGCCCGUACCCGUCGAGCCCAGGAAGCGGUACGUCUACUUCUACCACUCGCCGGACGGCCCGGGCCUCGACUGCCCGCUGCUGGUGGACCCCACGGGCACGUACUUCCGGCGCGAGGGGCUCGGUGGCCACUACAUCUGCGGGAAGUCUCCCACAGGAGCGGUCGACGACCCGGAGCCGGACACUGGUGACUUGGAGGUGGACCACGGCUACUUCCAGUCGCACAUCUGGGCCAACCUGGCGGCGCGUGUGCCUUCGUUCGAGAACCUCAAGGUGAAGAGCUCGUGGGCGGGUUUCUACGACUACAACACGCUGGACCAGAACGCCAUCAUCGGACCGCAUCCGUACCACCACAACAUGUUCCUGGCCACCGGCUUCAGCGGACACGGUAUCCAGCAGGCGCCGGCGGUGGGACGCGCCAUCUCCGAGCACAUCCUGGAUGGGGAGUUCCGCACCAUCGACCUCACCCGAAUGGGAUUCAAGCGCGUGCUGGAGAACAAGCCGCUGCUGGAGCAGAACAUCGUGUGACGACAGCCGCCGAGGCGGUACGCGGGGCUGGCGGGCGGGGGUGGGACGGUACGCACUCGUAAGGGAUCUGGGACAGCUCCGGGAAGGGCACCCCAGAGGCGGAUGGGAGGCCCAGCGGGAGGCGAUGUAGGCGGCAGACGGGUGGGACGCCCGGCCAGGCCGGCCCGGCGCGGAGGCUGGGUGGGACCUCCGGCCGCGCGCCCAGCCGUAGUCACGUGCUAGGGUGGCUCUGGUGCUCAAGAUGAGCCCACCUCGGCCCGAGCGGGGAGAGCUGUGCCACCAGCAGCGCGGCAGGUCGCUGUGGUGCGCCAGGCUGCUCUGCCAGUUGUUACCUUUCUAGUUCUUGACAAACUUAGUGCGGGCUGACUAGCCGUCACUGGGAAUGUUUGCCUGUGCUAGACCUGUCGUGCAAUUUGUACUGUGUGGUUUGCCAGUUUGUUUUGUACAAGCCGCGGCGUGUAAAGCAUGAACGCUGGCGAGCUGCCCUGGGUCGGCCUGCGACGGCUGGUACCUGUGAGGCCGUGGUCUUCGCUCAGCGGCGGACGGCCGUGACGUAGGCGGCUGCGAUGAUGUAGUCUGCACCUGUUAGCGCCCAGGAUGAGCCGAGUCUGCGGCGUCGAUGCGCUCGGUGGUGCGACGCCGCGACGCCGGUGAAUCGUGGUGCGUGUAACCUAGUCGCCCAGCGGUAAAGACAUCUGAUAAUGGGUAUCUGACAAUCGGCAUCCCGUUUGACGAAUGAAUAACUGCCUCUCGUGGACACGGGAUGCGUUACCAUGCGAUCUGACCGAAGUGACGUCAUGGCCGCACUCCGCCACUCAUGUCCGUGGAAUGCGUAAUCAUGCCACAGUCAGCGACCCUUUGUGACGUGACAACCCCACCUCUGCGUUGACGGUUCGCCAAGCCGUCGUGUUUGGCCAUAACGUCCCGGCACUGGCCCAAUGGCUGCGUGCGACCCCGCCGGUCUUCGGCCAGUUAUGAGUGCCACCCGCUGGGUGGGGCGCGGCGCGCGAGCAGUACCGGCGGGCGAGGCCGUGUUGGGCGGCCGGUGAGGUCCGGUCUGGGGAGAGCAGUUCCCAGCGGGUCCCGCCGGUGCCGCCCCGUUGUGACGCCCCAGGCAGCGGCGGGCCGCUGGGGCCUCAUGACGGCGGUGCUGCAGCGUACGCCGCGUUAGAAGAUGAAUGCUCGUCAAAUGUUCAGCCAAUACAAAGACGGUGAUA